AUGGCGGAAAUCAUCGGACUUGUAGCAAGUAUCCAAACUAUUGCGGCUGCUGGACUUAUAGCUGCUAGGACUAUCUCCAUGAUCGCAGAUGAUCUAGGUGGAGCUAGCGCCGAGAUCAAAGGGAUCGGGAUAGAUCUAAGGGCCAUGGUGAUGGUUUUGCACGAGUUUAAGAAGCGCCUUGAUAAGAUGGAAACACCAACCGACGAAGUUCGUGACUUGGCUUGGCAGAUUCUUGCCGUUUGCAAAGCUGAUAUACGAGAUAUCGAAGAGUUUCUCAAACCUCUAGUAUCCCGGUCUGGCAAGGAAUUCGGGCUCAAGCAGAAGAUCAGAUGGCUGUUCGCCAAGGCAAAGGUAUCCUCACGAAGGGCACACUUGGAAACGUGCAAGUCUACCCUCAACCUCUUUAUUAUCGCCCUAGACUUUCUGCAAAACGGGACCAUGGAAUCGAAAGCUCCCUUUCAAUUUGAGGUGGAAGUUCCGCCCUCGAAGAAGUUGCGGAUCCAGAAUGAGCAGUCUGUCAAAGAGUCGAACUCACCACUAGUCGUAGACAAUAUGCCCAAAGAGGCUAAGGAUGAGGAGAACAGGUGGAUGCUACCCUCCAACCGUGGUUCAAAUCCCAAAGCAACAGAAUAUCUAGAGAGUAUAUCCGACCAAGACUUCAUCCAAAUUGCAGAGCAUGUUCGGUUGCAAAACAAGGAUGGCUACGACGCUUCUUAUGUCCACCCUGUAUCACGGCCAGAAGAAGAUUUGUUUUCUCAAACUGGUCUAGAACUCGAAUUGAAGAAUAUCAAGGCCGAGCUGAAAGUACGAGAGAUACUGAUUGAGCAGCUGAACAAACUGAUUGAGCAGUUGAACGAGCAAGUUGAACAGUACCGCGUUGAACACGCUGUUUACGAGGAGUCUAAGAAAUGGCAGGAGCGAGAGCAUCAGGCCAGAAAGGAUGCAGAAGAGGAUUUUAGACGAAGGUACUCGACAGGAAUCGAGAAUGCAAAGAUCGAAGCCGAGAAAAGGACAAGAGAGUGGCUUGAAUUAGAGCGUGUGGCCGAAGGAGGGCGGACAAAGAGGAACGAAGAAAAUGAACUGCGUGCUGCUGAAGACAAGAGGAUAAAGGAUGAAGAUGAGCGAAAACGCGCAGAAGAGCUUACUAGAGUGCGUUUUGAGCAUGCGCUAGCGAUGGAGGCUGAAGCAAAGGCAGCAGUGAGAAAGAAGGCUGAGGAGGAAGCCAAGCGCCUUAUGAGAGCUAAGUAUGAGGCCAGGGCUGUAACUGCUAAGAAGAUCACACGCUGGCUCAUGCCAUGA